AUGGCUCGUCUCAUGUCUGCUUUCCGCAUUGCCAUCUUGGACGAUUACCAGUCCGUCAGCUUACGCUCUGCAAAUUGGAGUUCUAUCGCCCCGAGGGUCUCUGCUAUUGAUGUUUAUAGCGACACUGUGUCUGAAGAAGACUUGUUGGUGAAGCGUCUGGCUGAUUAUGAUAUCAUCUGUGCGAUGCGAGAACGCACCAAAUUUCCUAAAUCGCUGCUCGACCGACUCCCCCGUCUUCGUCUUAUUGCCACGACGGGAAUGAGAAACUUGGCUAUCGACGUGGAAUAUGCAAAAACAAAAGGUAUCCUCGUCUCUGGAACUGGCCAUGCUGGCGCAUCUACAUUGGAGCAUAUAUGGGCUAUCAUUCUCGCUACAGUUCGACACAUCGUCCACGAGGAUGCAAAUAUCCGAGCCAAGAACCCCCAAUGGCAGACAGCAGUCCCCAGCGCCCUCCAAGACCAAACAUUGGGUUUGGUUGGUGUUGGCCAUCUAGGCUCUCGGACUGCAGCUGUUGUUUUCCAUAUCGCGAAAGCUUUCAAUAUGCGGGUGGUCGGUUGGUCCCCCAAUUUUACCCCAGAACGUGCGGCAGAAGCUGGCGUUGAAUACGCAGCCACCAAAGCUGAUUUACUUCGCCAAAGCGACAUCGUUUCUCUCCACCUCGUUCUUUCGGAACGGACCCGCCAUAUCAUCACGGCUGAAGAUCUCGCAUUCAUGAAGCCCAGCGCUUUCCUCGUUAAUACAUCACGAGGUCCUUUGGUUGACGAAGUUGCUCUCGUUGAGGUACUAAAGAGCAAGAAAAUCGCAGGAGCUGGUUUGGAUGUGUACGACAUUGAGCCCCUUCCACUUGACCACCCUCUUCGAGAUUUAGACAAUGUGACAUUGAGUCCUCACAACGGUUAUGUCAAUUCCAGCAACUACAAGGCAAACACAUCAGCAUUCUGGGAACAAACGGUGGAGAAUAUUGAAGCGUUCUUGGAUGGAAAACCUAUGAGAUUGGGUGUAAAUGGGGUUUUCGCGUCGUCCUUUCUAUUCUCUCGCCUUCCACCAUCCACAGCCAAAUAUGGACACCGAAUCGCGCACGAUGAAAGCCCGGAGGGACGCCAGAUAGCCUACAAAAACAAGGGCGCCUUCAAAGACGAAGAUCGUAGAAAUCGGCGCAAUGAACAACAAGUCGAAAUCAGACGGCAGAAACGCGACGAGAAUAUUAGCAAGCGAAGGAACUUUUUGCCCUCAGCCGAGGGUGACUCGGAUGAUGAGGCUGCUGGAAGUGCAGUUGAUAUCCCACUUGCGCCGGAUAUGGUGGAAGGCGUCUUCUCGGACGAUCCAGAUCGCCAGUUGGACGCUACAGCACGCUUCCGCAAACUCCUGUCGAAAGAAAAGAACCCGCCAAUUGAGCGUGUUAUUGAAUGUGGGGUCGUGCCUCGAUUUGUAGAGUUCCUCCAGAAAGGCCAUUCUAUGCUUCAGUUUGAAGCUGCUUGGGCACUGACCAAUAUCGCGUCUGGCACUGCAGAACACACCCAGGUCGUUAUUCGCGCCGGUGCAGUUCCCGAGUUCAUCAACCUUCUCUCUUCUCCAACACUCGAUGUUCGAGAGCAGGCUGUCUGGGCCCUUGGAAACAUCGCGGGUGACAGCCCUCAAUGUCGGGACUACGUUCUUCAACAAGGGGCAUUGCGACCAUUGCUCACAUUGUUGAGCGAGCAACACAAACUCAGCCUUCUGAGGAACGCGACAUGGACUUUGAGUAACUUCUGUCGAGGACGCAACCCUCAACCUCAAUGGGAUCUGAUUUCCCCUGCGCUCACUGUCCUCACUAAGCUCAUCUACUCGUUGGACGAUGAAAUUCUCAUUGACGCCUGCUGGGCCAUCUCAUACCUGUCCGAUGGCACCAACGACAAAAUCCAAGCAGUCAUUGAAUCAGGUGUUUGCCGUCGUUUGGUCGACCUGUUGAUGCAUGCCUCCACUUCAGUCCAAACUCCUGCUCUUCGCUCUGUUGGGAACAUCGUCACCGGUGAUGAUCUCCAGACCCAAGUUUUGAUCGCGUCAGGUGUUCUUCCGGCCCUUCUCUCGCUGCUUUCGUCGCCCAAGGAAGGAAUUCGCAAGGAAGCCUGCUGGACAAUCUCUAAUGUCACUGCCGGUUCGCCGCAUCAAAUCCAGGCUGUCAUCGACGCCAACCUGAUCCCUCCCCUGAUCAACAUUCUCCAAAACGCAGACUUCAAGACGAAGAAGGAGGCUUGUUGGGCCAUUUCCAACGCGACGUCCGGUGCUCUACAAGAGCCUAGCCAAAUACGCUACCUCGUCUCGCAGGGCUGCAUCAAGCCGUUGUGCGAUCUGCUGACGAUGAUGGACAACAAAGUUAUCCAGGUCGCGUUGGAUGGUCUCGAUAAUAUUCUCAAGAUCGGAGAGGCCGACAAGACUGCGGCUGGGCCAGGUGGCGUUAAUCAAUACGCCCACUAUAUUGAAGAGGCUGGCGGCAUGAUCACGAUCCACAACCUCCAACAACACGAGAAUCUGGACAUCUACAAGAAAGCCUUCAACAUCAUGGACAAGUACUUCCCUGACGAAGAAGACAUUGAUGCUGCCAUCAAUGCUCCGACUGUGGAUUCCACUGGCUCAUUCGCAGUAAGUAGUAUAUCGUUCGCGCCAUCCAAACUAGAUGGUAAUUUCGCGUCAUUCUUGUGUUGCAGUCUUAUAAUGUCUGUCCAGCGUACAAGAGCAAGGGUACCUUGA